CUUCCACAUCACAGAAAUGCCUCCCGGCGGAAUCUCUCUCACUAUCAUCUUCUUCUUCUUCUUCACCGGACCUGUCACUCCAAGUUCAACCUCAACUUCGACCCGUCACCCGAAGUUCCCCUGCAAGCCACCCCGCUUCGACUCCUACCCUUUCUGCAACACCUCCCUCUCCGUCCCUGCCCGGGCUCGCUCCCUCGUGUCCCACCUCACCCUCCGGGAGAAGAUCCAGCAGCUCUCCGACCAUGCCUCCUCGGUCCCGAGGCUCGGCAUCCCCGCCUACGAGUGGUGGUCCGAGUCCCUCCACGGCAUCGCCUCCAACGGCCCCGGCGUCUCCUUCGCCGGCGCCGUCGGGUCCGCCACGACCUUCCCCCAGGUCCUCCUCACGGCGGCGGCCUUCAACCGCACGCUCUGGUCCGCCAUCGGGUCGGCCAUCGCGACGGAGGGGAGGGCGAUGUACAAUGUGGGUCAGAGCGGGUUGACUUUCUGGGCUCCGAAUAUCAACAUUUUCAGAGACCCCCGGUGGGGGAGGGGCCAGGAGACGCCCGGCGAGGACCCGAUGGUCGCCUCGGCCUACGCGAUUGAGUUCGUCAAAGGGUUUCAGGGCGGUGGUGGAGGGAGCGAGGAGGAUGAUGGGUUGAUGCUCUCGGCGUGUUGCAAGCAUUUCACUGCUUACGACUUGGAAAAGUGGCACAAUUUCAGCAGAUACAGCUUCGAUGCUGUGGUCACUCAGCAGGACUUGGAGGACACAUUUCAGCCUCCAUUUCGGAGUUGCAUUCAACAAGGGAAAGCAAGCUGCUUAAUGUGCGCCUACAAUGAAGUCAAUGGGGUGCCCGCGUGUGCUAUGCAAGAUCUCUUGCAGAAAACUAGAGUUGAUUGGGGCUUUAAAGGAUACAUCACCUCAGACUGUGAUGCGGUUGCCACUAUUUUUGAGUACCAACAUUUUGCAAAGACGCGUGAAGAGGCUGUUGCUGAUGCUCUCAAAGCAGGAAUGGACAUAAAUUGCGGAUCAUUUUUGGUUCGAAAUACUGAGUCUGCAGUUGAGCAAGGGAAGGUGGGGGAAGAAGACAUAGACAGAGCUCUUCUCAAUCUCUUUUCAGUCCAAUUCCGUCUUGGCAUUUUUGACGGGGACCCCAGGAAAGGACAAUUUGGAAAAUUGGGACCUAAAGAUGUUUGUAAAGCUGAGCAUAGGACGCUAGCAUUAGAAGCCGCGAGGCAGGGAAUAGUUCUCCUAAAGAAUGAAAACAACUUCCUGCCUUUACGAGAGGAUGACGUUGCUUCCUUGGCCAUUGUUGGUCCACAUGCUAGCAACAUAAGCAAUAUGCUGGGCACAUACACAGGAAUCCCUUGCAGGCCAAAAAGCCUGUUCGAGGAACUUCAAGUGUAUGUACAGAUGACAUCUCACGCUGCCGGUUGCAAAGACAUCCCCUGUAAUGCAAGCGAUGCAUUUCAUGAAGCAAUUCUGGCUGCAAAGAAGGCGGACUAUGUUAUUGUUGUUGUGGGCUUGGACUUGACCCAAGAGACAGAAGACCUAGACCGAGUCAGUCUUCUCUUACCUGGAAAACAGAUGGAUCUUGUGUCUUCAAUUGCUGCCGCAAGUAAAAACCCUAUUGUCCUUGUUCUGACUGGUGGUGGGCCCCUUGACGUUUCGUUUGCUAAAAAUGACCCACGAAUUGCGAGCAUCCUUUGGAUUGGAUACCCUGGCGAAGCUGGUGGGAAAGCUCUUGCGGAAGUCAUUUUUGGCGAUGUCAAUCCAGGUGGUCGACUGCCCGUGACAUGGUAUACGGAAUCAUUCACCAAAGUCCCAAUGGAUAACAUGAACAUGCGGGCUGAUCCUUCUCAUGGUUAUCCCGGAAGAACAUACCGGUUUUACACCGGCGAUAGAGUGUAUGGAUACGGACACGGCUUAAGCUUCACGGAUUUCCACUACAAGUUCCUGUCGGCACCGGCAAAGCUAACUCUGCUAAAAUCUUCCAGAGCUAGUCCUUACAGGAACCGAGUACUCCGAGAUGUUGAAGGACUUGCUUCCUUGGACGUUGCCGAGAUCGAAGAAUCCUGCGAUUCGUUGAAAUUCCGUGUGCAGAUCUCUGUGACUAACGUCGGUGAUAUGAUGGGAAGCCACGUGGUGAUGCUAUUCUCUAGAGCGCCCAGACUAAUACGAGGCACCCCACAGAAACAACUUAUCGGAUUCGACCGCGUGCAUACUUUUCCGAAUAGAUCUACAGAGACAAGCAUGUUGGUAGAUCCUUGUGACCAUUUUAGUGUUGUAAGUGAGAGUGGCAAAAGGAUGUUGGUCGGGGGCGAGCAUGUCUUGAUACUGGGAGAUCUGGAGCAUAUCGUGUCGGUUGAAUUGAGCUAGCGAUUGCGAAACUCAUUUGUGUACAACAUGUACAAUUAAUGGUGCAUUUCCUCAUGCGGUUAUAGCUCGAGAA